UCGAUGUUGAAAACUUUGCGACAUAUUUCCACUCUGCAACGAAGCAUUAAGCAAACGGCUCUUGAAAAAACAAGAAUACGGGCUAGGCGUGCCUUGGGCGUUAUUCUCAUGGACUGUUAAUCGUUUUUUUGUUUUUAUUGUUCACUUCCUUCUGUUUCUCAUUCUUCCUUUAUUCCUUAUUUUUUUGUCUCCGGCUUCCGUGUGGAUGGGAGGCGUCAUUGCACUUGAUGGGCACCAUGUGUCUUCUCUGUCCACUGCGGUUUGGUGGCUGUCGUAUACUUUGUUCUUUUGCAUCCAAGCUGGGUUGAUCUAUCAGCAUCUUGGUGGCCCAUUCGGUCUGGUCAUGGCUUUAUACAAUAUGCCUUGUGUGUCCGUCUGGUUGGCUCGGCCGGGACCUUUGUGUAAUUUAGAUGCCUGCCCGUCCGUACCGUGUUUGCUGUUUGGGAGUCGAUUGGCGCCCCCUGUCUGCGUUUUCUUCUUGUUCUCCUUGUGUCACCUCACUCAUGGUUUGGCGUCCUCCAGAAGCUAACAGUGCAUCUAGUGGAUGAAGAUUUCCCUCCUCUUGGAGCGCAACCCAAAGACAAGCG